AUGUUCAAACUACAUUAUAUUCUCAGUUUAUUAUUCAUAACUACUUCAGUCGUUUUGGCAGUUGACUCCUUAGGUUGUUAUUCGUCAGUACCAGGAGGAACUUCUCAAGGUGACUACCUUUUUCAAACAUCUGGUUAUUGUGCUGACCAAUGUCCAGAUUCCCAAUACGUUGCAGUUCAAGGUGAAGAAUGUAUAUGUUUAAGUUCAUUGCCAGCAAACUCAUAUAAGGUUGAUUCUUCUAAAUGUACAACAGGAUGUCCCGGUUAUGGAACCGAGAAAUGUGGUGGUUCCAGUUACUACAAUGUUUAUUUGGGACGUGGAACUAGUGACUCGAGUUCAAGUUCAAGCACUUCAUCAUCAGGAAGUAAACAAUCAUCAUCUUCGUCGAGUCAAGCCUCAUCUUCUUCGUCGAGUUCAACUGGUGGCUCGCAAUCUUCCAGCACUGAUAAUUCACAAUCUUCAAUCACUAGCUCGCCAACAACUAAUGAUAGCGAUGAAGAAAACAACAACGCUACUGAAACAAUUGUCAAUACUGUUACUCAGGAUGGUGGAAGUGUUAUAAUCCGAACAGUUACACAGGAGGCAUCAUCAAAUGAAACAGGAAGCUCUCAAUCAACAUCCCCAUCAUCGACCUCAUCGUCGUCGUCAUCAUCAUCAAGUGAAACUUCUUCUGCUUCUAACAAUGGUUCUUUGGGUGAUAAAUCCCAGAAUAAAUCAUCGUCUACAUCUGUUGGCGCAAUUGUUGGUGGUGUGGUAGGAGGUGUCGGUGGUUUGCUAGUGUUAGUUGCUGGUGCUUGGUUCUUUAUGAGACGCAGAGAUAGAGCUCAAGAUACUGAUGAAGAAGAAUUUUUUGAUAAACCACUCAGUAGAUCAAAUGGUUCCAAGAAUGGGUCAAGAAAAGGUCCAAGUGCUUUGGACAUGCCUAUGGUGAAUCCAUUCCAACAUCCAGCAGAUGAUUUGGUAAGAAGUAAUAGUGAACGCAAGCCUGAAUUUGUUGAUCCAAGAUUGAACCCAAUCAUGAUGGGUAGAAGAAGACUAAGCGAAGGCUCAUUAGCAGACGAAACCGAUUAUUCAAGAAAAGUAUUAACAGUUGCCAACCCUGAUGACAAAUAG